AUGCAUCUUUUGCAAGAUUGUCAAAGGCGAGUGAGGCAACGGGCCCCUUCAAUUAAAUGGGGAUGGCCAUACUUUGUCGUCCGUCGACAACAUGGACGCGAAACACGGCCAAAGAAGAUCGUCUACUUAUGUUGGAGAAGGAGGAGUGCUAAUCUGUCUUGGUUGAUUGCAGGAGAGAUCCCUUCGUUCAAGCUCUUCGAGUCCGACAAGGUGCUGGCCUUUCUUGAUAUCCAGCCGCUGAGUCGGGGCCACGCUCUCGUAAUCCCCAAACACCACGGCACAAAACUGACCGACAUCCCCGACGACUCGCUGACGGACAUUCUGCGGGUGCUGAAAAAGAUCGCCGUGGCCACGGGCGCCGAGAACUACAACGUGCUGCAGAACAACGGGCGGCUGGCGCACCAGGAGGUCGACCACGUGCAUUUCCACUUGAUCCCGAAGCCGAACGACGCCGAGGGACUGGGCAUCGGGUGGCCCGCGAAGAAGGUCGAGAUGGACGAUCUCAAGAGGUUGUAUGAGGAGGUUAAGGCGAAGAUGUAG